AUGGACACAUUUAUUGGUCAUGGUGCUGAUAUCCUCGACCUCUCGGGCAACAACAUCACCAGCACCCUCCCGCCUGCCCUGCUCCACAACGCCACGGAGCUCCGGGUCCUCUCGCUCGCCGGCAACGACCUCACCGGCUCCCUCCCGGACGGCCCCCCCUCGCGCGGCCUGCAGGAGCUCAACCUCUCGGACAACGCGCUGGCCGGGUGGCUGCCGGCCCCCCUCCUCGCCGCGCCGGGGCUGGCCGUGCUGGGCCUCGCCAACAACUACCUCGCGGGCGAGCUCCCCGCCGGCGGGCUCGGCCCGCAGCUCCAGCUCCUGGACCUCAGCAGCAACUACUUCCGCGGCGCGCUCCCGCCGGACUUCGGCGGGGCGAGGCUGCGGCUGCUCAACGUGUCCUCCAACCGCCUCACGGGCGCGCUCCCCGCCGAGCUGUCCGACGCCGUGCCGCCCAACGCCACGGUGGACCUCUCCGGCAACAACUUCACCGGCGCGGUCCCGCCGGCCGGGCUCUUCGGGGCGCAGCCGGCGGCGGCGUACGAGGGGAAACCGGGGCUGUGCGGCGCGCCGGUCAGGCGCGCCUGCUCCAUCCCGUCCUCGCUCUCCGACCCGCCCAACGCCACCGACUCGCCGCCCGCGUUCGCGGCCAUCCCCAAGAGCGCCGCCCGGGCCCCGCCGGGCUCCCCCGAGGCGCGGGCCCCGCGCGGCGGCCAGGGGAGGCUCCGCCCUCUCACCAUCCUCGCGAUCGUCGCCGCCGACAUCGCCGGCGUCGGGCUGCUCUUCUUGCUCUUCCUCUACGUCUACCACGCCCGCAAGAAGCGCCGGCAGGAGAACCCGACGGCGCCGCAGCAGCAGCAGAAAAAAACAGCAGCCGCCGUCGCCAAAGAAGACAAGCCGUCCUCGUCCGCAUCCGCAGGGUGCUGCAUUGGCGGCGGCAGGGGCGACGGCUCGGAGGACAGCUCCGACUGCUCGGCCUCCUCCUCCUCGGACGCCGCGUCCGACGACGGGCGUCCGUCGUCUUCGGACCCGAGGAAGAGACCCGGGAGCUUCAUCGGCUGGAGCACCCCGCAGCACCACAGCAAGAAGCACGAGCAGCCGCAGCAGGCGCCCGCGCCGGCGACGCUCGUCACGGUGGACGGCGGCGGCGGCGAGCUCGAGAUGGAGACGCUGCUCAAGGCGUCGGCGUACAUCCUCGGCGCCACGGGGUCCAGCAUCGUCUACAAGGCCGUGCUCGCCGACGGCACCGCGCUCGCCGUCCGGCGGAUCGGCGAGAGCGGCGGCGCCGACAAGCUCAAGGACUUCGAGGCCCAGGUGCGCGCCGUCGCCCGGUUCCGGCACCCCAACCUCCUCCGCCUCCGGGGAUUCUACUGGGGCGCCGACGAGAAGCUCCUCAUCCACGACUACGCCGUCAACGGCAGCCUCGCCAACAUCGCAUUCACCAGGAGGAUGGGCGCUUCGCCGAUGCACCUAAACCUGGAGGCGCGGCUGCGGAUCGCGCGUGGCGUUGCACGGGGUUUAGCAUUCAUCCACGAGAAGAAGGGUGUGCACGGCAAUGUGAAGCCAUCCAACAUCCUUCUCGGCGCCGACAUGGAGCCACUGGUCGGCGACCUAGGCCUGGACCGGCUGCUCUCUGGCGCCGCCCUCCACCGGAACACUGGAGCGUCGGCGCGCCUCUUCGGAAGCAAGCGGUCCAUGCACUCCACAAGCAGCCUGCCGGACCUGUCCCAGAUGCCUGGUGGCGCCAGCCCAUCAUGCGCCUCCACCUCAUCGACAGCUCUCCUGCCGUACCAGGCGCCCGAGUGCCUCAAGAGCCUGCGGCCGAGCGCCAAGUGGGACGUCUACUCCUUCGGCAUGGUGCUUCUGGAGCUGCUCUCCGGGCGGGUCUACUCCGAGGUGGAGCUCUGCCAGUGGCACGCCGCUGGGUCCAUCGCCGGCACGUCUGAUCUCGACCAGCGGGGCCGCGUGCUGCGGAUGGCCGACCCCACGCUCCGCGGCGACGACAACGAGGAUGCGCUGCUUGGCUGCUUCCGGCUCGCCUUUGCCUGCUGCGCCAUGGCGCCCGGCAAGCGGCCGUCCAUGAGGGACGUCGCCGCGCUCCUCGACAGGAUACAGGCCGCACCCUUGUCCAACUCCAUUGAGACUCCCUACUGA